CUUCCGUCGAGUCGAUGACAGAAGUACUUCCGGUUGUUUAUUUUUCCAUAGCGAUGGCGGACAAACCUAAACAUAUGCCACCUCAUGGCAUGGAGCCGUACGAUCUAGGAGGAGAUGAUAAUCUAGGUGCAUUAAGCCAGGAACAGCAAGAGAAACUCAAUAAAUUUAAGGUAAAGACACGAAUGGAAAAUGAGAAAUAUCUUCGAGACCACCCUGAAGUAGAAUGUCUCAUUGCUGGAUUUCUUGGUGAUGUCUUAAGUCAACGGCCAGAACAGAUCAAAGAUUUUGCUGCAGAGUAUUUCACCAACCCUGAACUACCAGAACAGCUCCAGCAACAGUUACAGCUCCGACAGACUCGAAUCAAACAGAACCGUGUCCUCCAGAAGAUUUAAUCAGACUAGUUGUUAUGUUGUUAAUUAUUUUGUGUUGUAAAUAUUAGUAAGCCAUGUUACACUUAAUCUCUACAUUUACACAUCUUUUUAAUAAAGUCAAAGAAUCUCUUUUU